AUGGAAGCCCAAAAACAUGUACCAGAUGCCAGGGCAGAAAACGGGCCGGCUGGCCCGCCCGCUCGGCCCGGUCCCGAAUUUUGCGGGCGGGCGGUCUCGGUCCAGGCUAUUCUCGGGCUCGGCCGAGCCGCUGGUGGUAAUGGAAGAGGAAAUCAAACAAAUCAAAUAUCACAGUGUUUUGGAUUAUUUGUUACUGAUAAUGAUUAUCUUUACCUUUCGGACUACGAUAAUCAUCGCAUAACGAAAUGGCCAACAUCUGGCAAAGGUACGAAAGGAGAAAUUGUUCUACAACAAAGUGAUCACUUUUCGCCAGCAGGUCUCUUUGCUCAUAAAAAUAAUAUGAUUUAUGUUGUCGAUAAUAACCAGGACCAAGUACAAUUAUUUACUGAAUACGAUUUAACAGAAGGUAUCACCCUGGCAGGUGGUCGAGGACGUGGUUGA